AUGCUCGCCCGCCAUGCUCCCGCCACGCAGACGCUGUGCGCCGUCUCUCAUCGAGCUCUCCCGGCAGCUGUUGCAGCUUCACGCCUUUCGACCGCCGCCACACCUUCGCGACCGCAGAGGAGGAAUUUGGCCACAGUGCAGGAUGCACCGAAGAGGACAUAUGGAGGGUUGAAGGAUCAGGACAGAAUCUUCACGAACCUGUACGGUCACCAUGGCGCGGACCUGAAGAGCGCCAUGAAGUAUGGCGACUGGUACAAGACGAAGGAGAUUCUGCUGAAGGGCCAUGAUUGGAUUAUUUCUGAGAUCAAGGCCUCUGGCCUGCGAGGCCGAGGUGGUGCUGGUUUCCCCUCCGGAUUGAAAUGGUCAUUCAUGAACUUCAAGGACUGGGAUAAGGACACCAAGCCCCGCUACCUGGUCGUCAAUGCCGAUGAGGGAGAGCCCGGAACCUGCAAGGACCGCGAGAUCAUGCGCAAGGACCCACACAAGCUCGUCGAAGGCUGUCUCGUUGCCGGACGUGCCAUGAACGCCACCGCUGCCUACAUCUACAUUCGAGGAGAGUUCUAUCACGAAGCGACCGUUCUGCAGCGUGCCAUUCAGGAAGCAUACCAAGCUGGAUUUAUCGGCAAGAAUGCUUGCGGCUCCGGCUACGACUUUGAUGUCUUCAUCCACCGAGGAAUGGGCGCAUACGUCUGUGGCGAGGAGACGUCACUUAUUGAGUCGCUAGAAGGCAAGCCCGGAAAGCCGCGCCUAAAGCCUCCGUUUCCCGCCGCUGUCGGUCUGUUCGGAUGCCCCUCCACCGUCGCCAACGUCGAGACUGUUGCUGUAGCUCCGACCAUCUGCCGACGAGGAGGGAGCUGGUUCGCAGGCUUUGGCCGUGAGCGUAACCAGGGUACGAAGCUCUUCUGUAUUUCUGGACACGUCAACAAUCCUUGCACCGUCGAGGAGGAGAUGUCGAUACCUCUGCGCGAGUUGAUCGAUAAGCACUGCGGCGGUGUGCGUGGCGGCUGGGACAACCUCAAGGCCAUCAUCCCUGGUGGCUCAUCGACCCCCAUCCUCCCCAAGCACAUCUGCGACGAGCAGCUUAUGGACUUCGAUGCACUCAAAGACUCACAGUCUGGUCUUGGUACCGCAGCGGUCAUCGUCAUGGAUAAGUCAACCGACGUCGUCCGCGCCAUCCAACGUCUUGCCAAGUUCUACCACCACGAAUCGUGCGGCCAGUGCACACCCUGCCGAGAAGGCUCGAAGUGGACGCACCAGAUCAUGGACCGCUUCUACAAGGGGCAGGCGAGAGAGCGCGAGAUUGACAUGCUCCAGGAGCUGACGAAGCAGGUUGAGGGCCACACUAUCUGCGCUUUGGGCGAGGCGUUUGCGUGGCCGUUGCAGGGUCUUAUUAGGCACUUCAGGCCGGAGCUGGAGGCCAGGAUAAAGGACUAUGGGGCUAAGCAUGGUGGCGAAGCGUUGGCUGGUGGAUGGGCGCAUGACGCGGCGAAGCGUGGACAGCUGAUUUCGCCGGGACAGUAGAGUGGAAAGGAGAGGCAGAAGAGCAUGAGCGAUCUUGUACAACGAGUUUUCCUUUGUGUCGUCUUCGACGGUCUGCGUCACUGAAUUGUCCAUAUAGUUCUCAGUGCGAAUGAUGGUAAAAUUGAACAUGGCCUUGCCUCAUUGAGGGCGACAUUGGUAUCAUAAC